UUUCUGCCAGCGCCAGAAGUGCUUCUAUAUGGUGUGAUGAAUAUACAUGCAUAUACAUAGAGAGAGAGAGAGAGAGAGGAGAAGAUGGGUUGAGGGUGACCGAGAAGAGCAGGUAGCUGGAGGGGAUUUCAUCAAUCACCAGCUGCUUCUCGGAGUCCACUCCAUGUCUGCUUGGUGGUAAUAGUUCCCCUGCUUAAGCAAAGAUGUUAGAGAUUAUCCUGGUAUCCACCUCUCCAUUUUGCUAGAUAGACUAAAGUACAUCGGAAUCAGAAUUAGAACCACCAGAUUUCACUUCAGCUUUGGUGUCCCUGUGAAGUGGGAUCGAUGGCAAACUUCUCACAUGUUGAACCAAUACACCUGUACUCAUGGUGGGGCAGUCAUAUCAGUCCAAAUAAUUCCAAAUGGAUUCAGGAGAACCUUAAAGGUAUGAACGACAAGGUCAAAGCAAUGAUCAAGCUCAUAGAAGAAGAUGGUGAUUCCUUUGCACGGAGAGCAGAGAUGUACUACAAGAAGCGCCCUGAGCUUAUGAAUUUGGUGGAGGAGUUCUAUUGGGGGUAUCGUGCUUUAGCAGAAAGAUAUGAACACUCGACUAGAGCACUCCGCCAUGCUCAUCAAACAAUGGCAGAGGCAUUCCCGAACCAAAUCCCGUCAUCGAUUCCAGAUGAGUCACCUUAUGGCUUAUCUGGCAAUGAGGUUAAGCCACACAGUCCUGAAAUGCUUUUACCAGUUCGUUCAGUAAUUCAAUCUGAUCAAUUUGACUCGGAUGCAAAAGGAAGUUAUAGGUCACACUCUGAAGAGAGUGAUCAAUUUUCCAGCAAAAGAGGUUUGAAACAAUACAAUGAAAUGCUUGCGACUGGUAAGGGGGAAGCACAUGCAAAUUCAUCUGAAAGGAAGGUAAAAGGUGUAAAACCUUUGGAGGAAGAGAGUAAGAAUUUUGAGAAUAAAGGACAUAGGUCAGAUCAAGAGGCUAACGUGAAACAGGAUGCAAACAAGGUGAUAAAAAAUCUGCAGCUAGAUAUUUCUCAGUUAUCACCAGAUAUCCAUGUUCUGAAGGACCGAAUAAUGGAAGAAUCUAAGUGUGCUAAUAAUGCUGAAAAUGAAGUUCAAAGCUUGAAGGGAACCCUAUCUAAAUUAAACUCUGAGAAAGAUGCAGCUCUUCUUCAGUACCAGGUUUCUCUUGAAAGAAUAUCUAGUCUGGAACUUCUGCUUUCAAACACACAACAUGAAUUGCAAAAAAACAGUGAUGGCUUGGUAAAGGAAGCCAAGAAACUCAAACAUGCUGAAGAGCUUAAUCAAUCUCUACAAUUGGGUUUGGACACACUAGAGAAUAAAGCAAAAUUGCAAGAACAUGAAAUUAACCAGAAGCAGGAGGAGUUGGAGAAACUCCAAACUACCUUACAAGACAAGUACCAGCAAUUCUUGGAAGCUGAAAUGGCUCUUGUUUCAAGUGAAAAGAAGUACAUCAAAUCUCAGGAAGAGGCAAAGCUUUUAGGUCAGGAGUUUCAGAAAGGGAUUGAGAAAUUGAGAAACAUGGAACAACGUAAUAUGGGUUUAGAGGAACAAAUAUGCAAGCUUAAGGACGAAAUUAACAGUUUAAAUGAACAAAAUCUUCAUUCUACAUUGAUGAUAAAUGGUCUUCAAGAUGAUAUACUUUUGUUGAAGGAAAAGAAAAAAGAACUUGGGGAUGAAAUUAGGCUUCUCUUAGGAGAAAAUAAAGUUAUUAGCCAAGAGCUUUAUUAUCUGAAAGAAGAAAAAAAUGAUUUCGAAUGGAGGUAUGAAGAUCUAAUGGAAAAAAUGCAGGCUGUCAUCAUAUUUUCAGAAUCCCUUAAGGCAGCCAUCAAGGAUUUGCAAAAUGGAAAUUGUGAACUGAAAGAAGUCUGCAAGAAAUAUGAGGCUGAGAGGGAGCUUCUUGUGGAGAAUCUGAAAGAUAUGGACAAAGUCUCUGAGAAAAAUAUUGUCUUAGAAAGGUUUCUCUCAGAUGCAAAUGUUGAGUUAGAAGCUUUAAGAGAGAAGGUUGUAGCACUAGAAAAAUCACAGGAGUCUCUAAAAGGUGAAAUUUCCAUAUAUGUUAAUGAGAGGACUUCAGUUGCCUCUCAGUUCAAGAUUCUUAGCGAGAAUCUGCAGGUGCUUUCAGCAAAAAAUACCUUUUUGGAGAACUCUCUAUCUGAUGCAAGCAGGGAAGUAGAGGGUUUGCGGUCAAAAGUGAAAAAACUUGAAGAAUUGUGUCAGUUUCUUGAUGAUCAGAACUCGGGUCUUCUUGCUGAGAAGUAUGCUCUUGUAUCUCAGGUGAAAAGUGUUACCACAAAUCUGGAAAAUGUGGAACAUAGAUUUGAAGAACUUAUGGACGAGUACCUGAGCUUCUCAAGAGAAAGAGAUCUGAUGAUCAAUCAAGUCAAGGAGCUUGGAGAUAUUUUGAAAAUAGAAAAACAACAGCGUGAUUCUAUUACCCAAUCAUACAAGCAUCUCCUAGGCACUUCAGAGAACCAAAUCUCUCUCCUGCAAGAGGAAAACCAACACAAAGAGAAGGAACUUCAAGCUGAACAGCAUAAUCUUAUCAGGGAACUGAUGGAAAAUUUCAUCUUGGGAAAGUGUUUAUCUGAUUUGAAAGAAAGGAAUUUGGUUCUUUCUCUUGAAGGUCAGAAGUAUCUAAAGGCUUGUAGAAAUGCAGAGACACUCGUUUCAAAACUUGAGCAGGAAAAGCUCAUCUACAUGAGAAACAUAAUGUCAUUGACAAGGCAUAGUGAGAAAUUAAGUGACAGGAUCCAUCUUCUGUAUAAAGCACUUAACUUACACAAAGAAUUUAUUUCUGUGGAAGAAAUCCAGGAUGAAGUCUGCCUAGAUAUAAUUCUCAGUGAACUUGAAAGAUUACUGAAUUCUGCUUCAGAAGCAGAGAGUAAUUAUCAACAGUCGCAACUUGAGAGAUCAGUUCUUGUUACUUUAAUGAGGAAUACAGGAUUAGAUGUGAUCAAUCUUAGAUUGCAGACAUAUUCACUUGAAAGGGAGCUUGAAAUGAAAAAUGAGGAACUAUUUGUCUUGGAACAUGAGAAACAUGAACUCCUAGAAAGGAAUGAACAAGUAAUGAGAUACAUGGAAGCAAGCAACCAAAGAGAAGAAGUAUUGAAGACUGAGAUCAAGGUCCUGCACAUGCAGUUAGCUGAUAUGCAAGAGGAUAACCGGACAGCACGAUGUGAACUUGUCAAGCUACUUGACGAAAAGAUGAGUCUGUCACAAGAAUUUUACAACUUAAGGCAGCAAUACAAUAUUUUGGGAGAGGAGCAUAAUGAAGUUCUUGUGGAGGCCAUGCAGCUGGAUCAUCUUUAUUCAUUCUUCAAGAGUCUUCAUGCUGAGAGAAUCAUGGAGUUGAAGUCCCUUGGUUGUGAUCUGGAUUCUCUUCAUGUGAUUAAAAAUGAUCUUUCCAGUGAGAUUAGCAGACUAAAUGAGAAAAGGAAGGUGCUUGAAGUGGAAAAGAUGCACUUUUCAGACUCCAUUACCUAUCUGGAAGAAGAGCUGAGAAAUCACCUAUUGAUUUCAGAGUUUGAUCUGAACACUGUUACAAUAUUAUUUGAAGAAUUAGAUCUUCAAGUAGAAACAAAAAAAAAUGAAUUGAUAGAGAAAGAAAAACUACUAUCAGAAUCAAAUAAGAAGGUUAAGUCCACUCAAGAGAAGAACAUGGAAUUGAACAGACUCCUUGAGGCUCUUCAGCUAAAUAACAUUGAGACCAAACUAACUCAGAAAGAGAUGCAGAAAAAGGUUUCAAAUUUAUCUCAAGUUGUAACUACUAACUAUGAGGAGAUUAGAUUUCUUGGUGAAGAAAAUAAGAUAAAGCAGAGGGACAUUGAUGAAAUGCAUAGAAGUGUUGAAGUUCUUGUAUCCAGGGAGGAGCAGCUGACCUCAGAGCUUCAGAAAAGAAAAAGUGAGAUUGUGCAAUGUGAAGGGGAAUUAACAGCAAAGUUGAACGAUAUCCAUUUUUUAACAGUUUAUGCAGCACUGCAGGAUGAGAAGGUUCAUGAGCAAAUAGUAGAAGGCGAGAUCAGUGCUAUGGUGCGAAAAGAGAUACUAGCUGCUGAACUCUCUUUAAGCAAGAAAUUAAUGGAAGAGCUCAAGAAUAAGCUUCAUGACCUGGAGGGAGAAAAUAGAGGACUGAAGGCUAACUUAGAUAUUUACUUGUUCAUGCUAAAAUCUCUAUGGGAUGGUGUUGCCUCCAUUGAAGAGCAAAUCAUGUCAAUUUCAAAGCUUCAACUAUUGAUCAAGCAUGCAAAAGAGGAUAUGUCUUUGAUGUCUCACCAGUAUUGUGAUAGCAAUCAACCAAAUGAAAAACCUAUGGGCACAAAAGCAGCUGGAGUUCUGCUGAUGGAGAAGUUGAUCGAUAAAGUCAUAGUUCUUCAAAAGGUGAUCAUAGAUAUCACAAAUCUUCUAGAGCCCGAAAGGCUCGACUCUGGUGCUAGUUCAGAGGCAGCAAGGAAAGAAGUUGAAAUAUUAAAGACAAAGGCACUUCCGGUGCUAAUCCAUGAUGCACAGAGCAUCGAUAAGUUAGAUCUACACCAAAGAUCUUUGGAAUCCAAACAGGAAUGGAACAAGAGAGUCCUCAGAAGACUUGAUUCUGAUGCACAAAGACUAUCAGACCUUAAAAGAAACAUAGGGGAGUUGAACAAGAGGAUGAGCUCUCAAAAGGAAAAGCUCCCUGCAAGUUAUGGGCACGAUAUUAUCAAAGAACAGUUGAAGGAGGCCGAAGGAUCCAUGUUGGAGCUGAUCGAUGACAAUUCCAGAUUGAAAAUGAUGGCCAAAGACUGCUCUUCUCAUGAUGAUAGAACAAUUGGACCUGAAGAUAAAUGCGACGCUGAAAGAAGGCAAAUUUCAGAACAGGUAAAGUUGCGAUCAGAGAAGGUUGGAAGGUUGGAGCUUAAACUGCAGAAGAUCCAACAUGUCUUGAUGAGAAUUGAGGAAGAAGUGCAUGAGAACAGGCAAGGUAAAACUGCAAGAAGAAAUAGAGUAGCUUUGAGGGACUAUCUCUAUGGGAGGAGAGAUAACUACAUGCAUAGAAAUGUAAGUCUCUUGUGUGGCUGUAUUAGGAUUUCUGGUAGUUAAUCUUAAUAACAACAAUAAUAAUAAUAGUGAGCAUACAAAACUUGAAAUAUGCUUUCUUUUAUAAAA